CACAAUGCUUUAAGCUCGCGCUAGUGUCAGUAAACCGCAGUGCAGCAGCUACACAGACCGAAAACACUCGACGCCCACCAGAAGCGAGACACUUCGGCGACAACCAAACAACCCUAAGGAUUUCUGCUGUGAAUCCAUGAUGCUCCUGACGCUUCUCCUGGUCUCCACAGCUGUGGCCAGCCCUCUACUGGGAACUGAGCAGUGUGCCCGUGGACCCCAAUACUGGUGCCAAAAUGCCAAGACUGCUUCGAUUUGCGGCGCGAUCUCCCAUUGCCAACAAAAUGUCUGGAACCAGCCUCAUAUGAGAUCUGUGCCAUGUGACUUAUGCAAAGAGGUGUUGAUUGUGGUGGACCAGUUGCUUAAGGACAAUUCAACAGAGGCUGAGAUCCUGAGCUACCUUGAGAAAACGUGCCAGUUGAUUCCUGAUGAAGGCCUGGCUGCUCAAUGCAAAGAAGUUGUGGACAAUUACUUCCCUGUCCUCGUUGACAUCAUUAAAGGAGAGCUGGAUAAUCCAGAUGUGGUCUGCAGUGCUCUUGGCCUGUGUGUUACCCAGCAGGAAGCUCUUGCCAAAGCUCAGCUAAUGUCCAAUGAGAUUCCUGAGCUUGAUCUGACCCAGAGGGCUAACCCCUUACUCCUUAACAUCCCCCAGCUUCUUUACCCAAAGCAGCAUGCUGAGAAGGAGACCACCACAGAUAAUAAUGUUGUGUGCGACGACUGUUUAAAGUUCAUCACCGACAUGCAGGAUGAGGCUAGAAAAAACGCUAGCUUUGUCAGCUCUCUGAUUGAACAGAUCGAGCACCAGUGUGACCUGAUGGGUCCUGAAUUUGCUGAUAUAUGCAAACAGUAUGUCGGCCAGUACGCCCCUCUUAUUCUUCAGCAGCUCAUGUCCAUGGACAAGCAACCUAAAGACAUUUGUUGCCGUGCUGGUUUCUGUGACUCCACUCCCGAAUUUGUGCCACUGAUGAAUCUUUUUCCUGCUAAAUCCAUCCCUGUGGAAAAAACCAUCCCUGCAGCUAAAUUGGUGAAGGCUUCCUCCCUCAAACCUGCCACGCAGAAGAUGGUGCGUGCACGUGAAUCCCCUCAAUGUGCCAUCUGUGAAUUUGUGAUGAAGGAGCUUGAAGGUAUGAUCCAGGACCAGAAAACCGAGAAAGAAGUGAUGCAAGCUGUGGAGAAGGUGUGUGGCCUCCUGCCAAGCACCCUUGUUGCUCAGUGCAAGGAUUUCAUUGAGAACUAUGGCCAGGCAGUCAUUGACCUGUUGGUCCAGGAAGCUGACCCCAAGACGAUCUGUAGCAUUUUGGGCCUGUGCAAAGAGUCAAGUCGUGCUUUUAUCCCUGUAAUGGAGAAGGCUGAGUUUAAGGCUGGUGGGUUCUGCGACGUGUGCAAGAUGGCCGUGCGCUACGUAGAUGGCAUUUUGGAGCAGAACGCCACAGAGGCCCAGAUCGAGGAGGCUGUGAAAAAAGUCUGCAACUUCCUGCCUGAUGAAUAUAAAACUCAGUGUGACCAGCUAAUUGAGCAGUAUGAGCCUAUGAUUGUCCAGUUGCUUCUCCAAGCCCUCGACCCUGAAUUUGUCUGCAUGAAACUAGGUGCAUGCCCUGGAGCACUGAGGAUGCUGCUGGGUGUUGAGCAGUGCAGUUGGGGCCCAGCCUACUGGUGCAAGAACAUUGAAACAGCCACUCGCUGCAAUGCGGUGACCCACUGCAAACGCCACGUUUGGAGUUAAAGAGGAGCGGAGUGCAAUAAACGGAGCUAAAGGAGAAUGUCUGUAGCGCGGUGUCUGUUUUUUACACCCUGUCUUGGUUUUAUUUUAGAAAAUGAGAAAUUAAUUUGUGCUAUUAAUGUAAUUUGAGAUUUUGUCAUUCCGGGGAGUUACCACUCUAGGGGUGGUUAAAAGUACUAUGCAGGAGGUUGAGAGAUGGAGAAGGUGAAGGAAGGGUUUUUUUUUUUUUGUUUUUUUUUUAAUAAAAAGGUGAACUUUACCUGACUCAACUGCUGACAUUUUGAUCCUUGUGUAUGUGGGUGGGCAUUCGACAUGUUUUGUGCCUUGAGAAAAGAAGCCUGAGACCUCUAAAUAAAGACAGUUUUAACUCUCUUCAAAAGGAAAACCUGCCCUUUUAAAUGCUACAGUAUAACUGAAUGAGCUUUCAUUUUUACUGACUAAAAUAUUUCAUCUUUAAUUGAAAUGUUUAUCACUGUUUCAUCUAGCAUCUGUUAAUUUCAGUUUGAAGUUUGUGUGAUCUCAAACCAAGGUUUGUUUUUUUUUUUUUUUUAAUCAGCUUUUAUUUUGUAUUGGUUAAGUGAUCCUGAGCUUCAUUGUUUCAAUCCUGAUUCUGAGUUGCUUGUUGAAAUCUGUAAAGAAUUUUUAAUAGAAAUUAAAACAGAUUGGUCCUGA